AUGAUUGUGCUCAUGCUCGCUUUUCAACGCCGCGCCAAUGCCACGGCUCAGAUCGAAACUGAAGAAGCGAUUCAGGCCCAGCGAAAACAGCAAGUGGCGAUGGAGCGCAGAAAGGAACGCAUGUCGCAACAAAAUCAAAGCAUUGCCGAGGAGCUGCAGAAACGGAGGGCCGCAAAGACUAGGGAAGAGGUGGAGAUUCAGCGGAUUUGCCAAGAGAGCGAAGAACUGAAGGCCCUUGAACAGCGCCUCAAAGUGGCCUAUGUGAACAAGGAACGAGCAGCGCAGUACGAGGAGAAUCGAUUCCUGCGUCAGGUGGAGAACGACAAAGAGCAGGCCAUAGCCGAUCAGAUGGAACACGACCGGCAGAUGGCUCUAAAAAUGGAGGCAGACAAGGUAGCAGCUAGGAAGAAGCUACUCGAGGUACAAAGGGGUGCCCUGCAUGCGCAAAUGCAAGAGAGGGAGAGCCUCAAGCGUGAGGCGAUGAUGGAAGCGGAUCGUGAUCGCGAAAUGGUGGAUGUGAUUGUCAAGAAAAUCGAAGCCGAGGAAAGGGCAGAACAAGAGCAGUACCUCAAGACUAGGGAAGAAACCCGACGCACUGUACAAGAGGCGGAGAGGCGACGGGCUACCGAACUCGCCAAUCGCGCCAGGCAGGAGAAGGAAGAGAAGGAAAACAUACGGAAAUACAUGGAGAUGGUCGCCCAGCGUGAGGCUAAAGCGGAGGAGGAGAGACUGCGCAAGAAGGUAGCCGCCGACGCAGCGUUCAAGGCUGUUGUAGAACAGACGGAGAAGCAAACCAACGAGGAGGAUGAGCUGCGAAUGCUGAGAGACAUGCUAUGGGAGGAGGAGUUGGAAGCCAAGCGCAUCCAGGACGACGAAGAUCGCAAGCGGAAGGCGGCCGAGAGCAAGCUGGCCAUGAUGGAGGCGAAUGAGGAACAGCUCAGGCAGAGACAGGAGCGGCGCGCGGCCGAAAAGGAAGAAGAGAACCGCCUCAUUCAGAUCAUGUUGAACAAAUUCAAGGAGGAUGAGGAACGGGAAAAGCGGGAAGAAGAGCUACGCGAACGCAUGAAGAAGGAGCACAAGAAGAACAUCGAGGAUCAAAGAGAGGAACGCGCCGUCCUAUACGAAAAGGAGAAGGAAUUCGAGAUGAAGGACGCUCACGCCGAGAGGGAACGAGAGCUCUAUCGCCAACGCGUGGUGAAAGAGGCUCGUCGCCGGCUCCUCGAGCAACACGGAGCAGCUGUCGAGGGGUAUUUGCCCAAAGGAGCAUUGAAGUCCAGAGAUGAGCUUCAGUUGGUUCGUGAUCUCAGCAACAAGAGGGCCGACGGUGGUGCGCUGGGCCGGUAUUUGUCUUGCCCGUUCCCCGGCACUGCCGGCGACGGCCGGUGAUUUUGCGCAAUGGUGAUGAGCUCUUCGAUCGAGAAGUAGGGGACACUGCGUACCAUUUCGCCUGCACAUCUUCCAGGCGCUUGCCUUGUUGCGAUGUGAUUAUUGCUGACCAUCGUGUGGGAGGGAAACGAUUCGGAUUUUCAGAAUCACGUAGGUUCGGUUAAUUAUUUGGAUACAACACUCCGUGGUAUUCCCUUGCAUGUACUGGGUAGUCUUACCCUGUACAUCGCUCACGGGAAGACGGUAUAAUUCUGCGCUGCAAUAUGCCGUAUAUAUGUGAUUGCACUCAACAAACAAUAUUCGUCGAUAGUGAUGUCGACGUUUUUUUGUCUUGUUUGUUUUUCGCGAACAGGUUCUUUGAAAGCUUGUUCCCU